AUGGAGGAAGACACCGUCCAUGACCCCCCCUCGCCUGUGUUAGGGGAGCUCAUCACCUUCGACCCCAACGGCGACCUUUAUUUACACGUCGGCGCGGGAGUCGAAGAAAAGACGAAAACGUACUUUGUCUGUUCAAAAGCCUUGGCAAGAGCUUCGACGGUGUUCAGGAAGAUGCUCUACGGAGGAUUCGCGGAGUCAGGGCUCUCGGAUGCCGACCACGGCUGGACGGUCGACCUCCCCGAAGACCGCCAAGAACCGAUGGAACUUAUGCUCAAUAUCGUUCACGGGACUUUUGACAUGGUACCCGAGAAGCUGGAGCUUACUCAACUAUACACAUUUUUGGUUGUCACGGAAAAGUACGACGCUACUAAUAUCACACGGCCGUGGGCGAAGGGCUGGAUGGACGCGGUCAAGUCGAGUAUGCAGAACCCGCUGCUUCUGGGUGUGGCUUACGAGCUGGGCGACUAUCAAACAUUCAACGCUAUGGCGAUGAGAAUCGCUACAGAGUGUCAUCUGGAUGAUGACGGAGACCUCGUGUUUGGGUUUUCGGGGGAGAACAGGGAGACGUAUUCGUAUAAACUUCGCAAUCUGGAUUGUUUAAUACCAGCUGGGUUACUAGAGGACGCGGCAUCCAUCAGGAAAACGUUACUGAUAGCCAUGCUGGAUCCAUAUCUGAAUCUCUACGCCGCCCUCAAGGGCGGAGACAGGUCAACCAUGAGCUCAUCAAACGACGAAGGCUCGGGACCGCCUGCCCCGAAACGACAGAAGCUGCUCACAACCAAGUCGGACGCCCAAAUCAUCUUCGAUGAGCAUGGAGAUCUGUAUCUACACGUCGGCGCCGAACACGCAGAGCAUCCGACGACUUUCCUCGUCUGUUCAAGGACGGUCUCUCGGCUUUCCAAGGUUAUGAAUCGCUUGCUCUAUGGCGGUUUCGCGGAGUCGAAGAGGCCUGACGAUGCGGAGAAACCCUGGGAGGUGGAGCUUCCUGGCGAUGAGCCGGCGGACUUCAAAAUCCUACUCGGCAUCAUGCACGGAAAGUUCGAAGAGAUGCCCAAGAGUCCAGACAUGUUCGAAAUGUAUCGUAUUCUUGUCGCUGCCGACAAGUACGACUGCGUCCGUCUCCUUCGCCCAUGGAGCCGGUCUUGGAUUCAGGCUGUGGAGGAAGAAGAGGAUUUUGGUUUGGUGCUCGGCAUUGCGUGGCAUCUCGGGGAUGCUGUGUUGUUCAAGACGACUGCAAAAUACUUUGCAGAAGGCGCCGAAGUUAACGGUGGCGAUGAGCUGCUCUACGAUGGAGAGCUUAACGAUGAUGGCACGUUUCCGUGCUUGUCCGAUGUUCUCGGAGGUUCAAUUCCCUCAAAUAUCUUUGCUUCAAUCACGGACCUUCGACAGAGACUUCUGGAUGCAGCACUGAGGCCGUAUGCAAAGCUCCACAGGUCUCUUCUAGAUGGACCAAAGUGUCCCUUCAUAUACGGAGGCGGCGGACCGAAAGUCGGCAAGACCUGUGACAACCAACUGCUCGGCUCACUCACGAGGGGACUUUUUCGCGAAGGCAUCAAUAUCAUGCUCGAUGUACCGCAGCAGUCGUAUCGAAGAAGCUGCUCGGAAUUAUCGGGUGUGCUCAUGGGACUAGAGCUUGAAGUGGGAGACGACUCAGAGGGUAUUGUCGCCGGGCGUAUCCACGCAGUGAAGUGCAAGGAGGGGUUGAGUUCGAAGGACAUCACCGCCAACUACGACACCGUCGGCGACGACCCAUCGACGGCACACCCGAAUGCACCAGCGACGAUGGAGGCAGAACCGGCAAGAGCUGAUGGACGCCACGGUCCCCGAGAGAUGUCAGACGAGCCUGCCGCCAAAGGCCAGCGACAGGAAGCGACGGAGAUGAAGUCAGACGUUUUGGUUUUCGACGAGCUCGGAGACUUGCGCCUGCAAGUUGGCGCCGCGCUCGCCGGCGUCCCAGCUGCCACCUUUUUGGUAUGCUCUAGAACAAUGGCACGAGCGUCUCCAGUAUUCAAGAAGAUGCUUUACGGCGGCUUUGCGGAGUCUAAGCCUACAGAUGGCAGCGACUGGGUUGUCGACCUUCCCGAAGAUCAUCCGCGUCAAAUCCGCCAUAUUCUACACAUUGCUCACGUGGGCGCGAAUAAAUACGACUGCAUUGGCAUGUUUCGUCCUUGGGCCAAAAGAUGGCUUGAGAGGAUCGGCCUCAAAGACAAACGUCUGGAUGGACACUUAUUGUUUGUUGCGUGGGAGUUUGGUCAAGCCCGAGUUCUGAGACAUAUGAUGGCAAAGGUUGCCGAUGAAGCCUCUCUCUCUGAAGAUGGCGACGGCAAGCUGACCUACGGAUUCCGUCACUAUGACGACGUGAACAAGAAGUUGUGGACGAGAGAGUGGGAUGUGUCCGAAAAACUCCAAGGACUCAUCCCCGUCAGCAUCAUCGGUAAGUCUCGACGCGGACUUCUGGACAUAUCCUAG